CCACAAGCCGCGCAGUCGCUUACUAACAACGCUGUGGAUUGGUUGCUAAGUGGCCGGCGCAAGAGAAAACGACAUUUUCACUUUUUAAAUUGCUAACAUAUCAACAGAGUCAACAUGAAUAUCGCACCAGUGGGACCUGACCCCACCCGUCUGACGUGUUCGUCGUGCGGCGCCGCCAUCAUUUCGAGGGUCGAGCGCAAAGCCACAACAAAAACACACAUAAUAGCUCUUGUACUAUGCUUGUUUCUAUGCUGGCCCUGUGUUUGUGUGCCUUACUGUAUGAACAGCUGCCAGAAUGCUGACCACUAUUGCCCCAACUGUAAUGCGUAUCUGGGAACCUAUCAACAAUGAAAACCUACGUGUAAUAUUUAAUAGCUUUGUCCAACUAUUUUUACACACCUAUAAGUCUAAAGAUGACACGGGACUAAUUGUUUUAGUAUUUUAUAUUGAAUUAUAAAAUUGUUCAUCAAAACAAUGGCCGGAAAAUCAUGUGUCUAUUGCUGUUUUCUGUACACUUUUAUAACAUUUGUUUCAACGGAUUUCAUCUUAAGAUUACCAGUGACAUUGUAGACCGUUGGGAGACCAGUACAUAAUGUAUUAUUUAAAAUUUACAUCAUUAAUAAGGUUUAGCACUUUUUUGCAAUAUAAAUGUUUGUGUAAUAUGCCAAUUCUAUCUUUACUAAUAUAUUUAUUAUAUUAUUUAAAAAAAGCUAUUUAUGUAGGAUUGUAAACAAUUUUAUGCAUUAUUUGUAAACAUGCUGUACCACGGGUUUCCAAUGCGGUAAUAUCCGUGUGAAAACACAUAUAUCUUUUUUAAUUUGCGGAGUAUGAAAGACAUUUUGCGAGCAAUUGUUAAGAUUGCAAAUAAGUAUUUUAAUGCUAAGUACAAAUUCAAUAUUUUUAUUAUUGUUAAAUACGAAUAAAGUGUGUAUUCGUUGUAA